AUGAUUUCUCAACUGAUUACGCUUUAGUGCAAUUUGGUUUGUUGGCCAUUUAGUUACUCUGGUUGGAUAAUUAAAACUGAGGAACUAAUUUUAAAAAUGGUUCAGCAGUUUUUGAGUUUUCAUUUAAUUGUGACCGUUUUAGCGGUUACCGCUUUGGCUCGGGAUCAUGAUCACCCCACAAUACGUGCUGCCAAACCCCACCCCCUAAAAUAUGAAGCCGAACGUAAAACCGAAUUUUGGGUUAAUAAAGCCCAAGAUAUACUGGCACAAAAGUUGGCACAGACUGAAACCUCCACCACCAAUAAAGCCAAGAAUAUCAUUAUGUUUUUGGGUGACGGUAUGUCGGUGCACACAGUAACGGCCACCAGAAAUUUUAUGGGUGACAGUUCGAAACAAGUAUAUUUUGAAAAAUUCCCCUAUUUUGGUCUAUCGAAAACCUAUUGUGUUGAUCGUCAAGUAGCAGAUUCAGCCUGCACGGCUACCGCCUAUUUGGGAGGUGUUAAAGGUAACUACGGCACAAUUGGGGUUAACUCGAACGUUCAGCGUUACAGCUGUUUCGAUGGUCAAAAUCCUGCCAAUUGGGUAGAUAGUAUUGCUAAGUGGGCUCAAGAUGCCGGUAAAGAUGCUGGUCUGGUGACAACAGCACGUGUUACUCACGCUUCGCCAGCGGGGGUAUAUGCCCAUAUAGCUCAACGUGGUUGGGAAAAUGAUGCUGAGAUCAUAGCUGCCGGUUGUAGUGCAAAAGAUAAUGUGGAUAUUGCCCGCCAAUUGGUCGAAUGGGAAGUAGGACGUAAACUUAAGGUAAUCAUGGGUGGUGGUCGUCGUAAUUUCCUGGGAGCCAAUGCCAGAGAUGAGGAAGGUAUACCCGGUGAACGUGCUGAUGGUCGUAAUUUGAUUGAAGAAUGGUUAGAAGAUAAACGUAAACAAAAUGUCAGUGCCAGUUAUGCUUGGUCUCGCAAAGGUCUUAACAAAUUGGAUUUAGAAAAAACCGAUUAUCUGUUAGGUCUCUUCUCUUCCUCUCACUGCCCUUACCAUGGCGAUUUGGAACGUAGUCAUAUAGCUUUGGCAAAUCCCUCCUUAAGUGAAAUGACCGAGGCUGCUUUGAAAGUUUUAAGGAAAAACGAUAAAGGAUUCUUUUUAUUUGUUGAGGGUGCUCGCAUUGAUAUGGCACAUCAUGAUACUAGAGCUCGUAAAUCUUUGGAAGAUACUGAGGAGUUUGCUAAGGCUGUGCAAGUGGCUCGUGAAAUGUUCUCUGAAGAGGAUACCUUAAUUGUUGUGACAUCAGAUCAUUCGCAUACAAUGACUAUUAACGGUUAUCCGGUAAUCCGUGAUCAAGAGAUUACUGGCUUAGCUAAUGGUCCCGGCGAUGACAAUUUGCCUUACACAAUUUUGUCAUAUGCCAAUGGCCCCGGUUACUAUUCAACCUAUGGACCUAAUGGACGUAAACUUAUAACAACCAAAGAUACUGAUAAAGAAUUUGAGUAUAUGGCUACAGUACCUUUGGAUUCUGAGACUCAUGGCGGUGAUGAUGUUGGUGUAUUUGCAUCUGGUCCAUAUGCUCAGUAUUUCAGUGGCAAUUACGAACAGACUAAUAUACCAGCUAUGAUGGCUAAAGCUGCCAACAUUGGUCCAUUUGCAAAUUAAGGAGUCAAACUAAAAUUUACAACUAUUGUAGAAGUUUUUUGAAGUAAAAAAGUUAUGUUGAGAUUAAUUUGAAAUAAAAUUCUGAAAUAUUUAUCUA